AUGCCUAUGCCUACCCAAGACGCCGCUACCAGAGCGAAGGAGAGUGCUACCCAAAAGGCCUCUCAUAGCGAUAUGGGCCCCACCGAGCUACUGAGUGAGCACAUGGAUGCCUCUGGCAACCCUGUACCCGACGAUGCCUGGGACAAGACGCAGAAGUCGGGUAAAACCGAAACUGAAACGGAUCCCUACGAGGCCAUGAACGCCGAAACUGCUGAUUUCGAUUGA